UCUUCAUCUAGUCUUUUGACUAUCUCAUUCUGUGACCGAGAACCCGGAUCUCAUUUCAUCUUCUCACCUCAAAAGACUCCACUUUGCUCGGCACGUUCCCGAUCCAUUGGCUCCGAUCUUUGCCUUAAUCGUGGGCCUGCUCGGGCCAAGAUUCCCCGGACGGGAAUAGAUGCAUGUUUAACAGCUCUUGAGCUUGGGGUAACCGCGCGAUGAUACCCUGGUAUGAACAUGUCAAAUCGGCCAAGUGUCCGGCGUCAUGAGGUAUAAAGAUGCUCGUUUGCCCAUCUUGACUUGGGCAUUGGCAAUUGAGCUGCGAGCAUCAUGAAGUUCACUACCGUCUCUGCGCUUCUGGCCCUUGCGCCGCCUGCUCUUGCGGAUUGGCAUUUUGCCAAGAACAAGGAGAUCAAGUAUACUUCUGUUGAAGGGUUCUUCAUGCAAGAUGAUCUUGCCACCAACCCUACCGGCUUCGACUACGCCCAAUGGAACUUUGGUCUCUUGAACCGCACUUAUCCCACUGAUCCCAAGAACCCCCGAAAGGGCUACAAGACUCAGUGGGAGCGCUUCGAGCAGUAUGUCAAGCACUUGAACCGUAAUGCUAGCCGUGAUAAGACGCGCUACAAGGUUCUUGUCAUGGGACGUCAUGGUGAGGGUUGGCACAACGCCGCGGAAUCCUUCUACGGAACGCCCGCCUGGAACUGCUACUGGGGUCUUCAGUCCGGCAACGGAACAGCGACAUGGGAGGAUCCUCUCCUCACACCCGCAGGUGAAGCCGAAGCUCACAAGGCAAACGCCUACUUCAAGACCCGCUUUGAGAACGAAGGCAUGCCAUUCUUCGACUCAUACUACACCUCCCCUCUCGCCCGCUGCGUCGAGACCGCCGUGGAGACAUUCCAGAGCCUCAAGCUCCCCAAGGAUAAACCUUUCGUCCCAAUGGUCAAGGAACUUCUCCGCGAGGGCGUCAGCAUCCGAACAUGCGACCACCGUCGCAGCAAGAGCUUCAUCAAAACUCUUGCCAAGAAGAUCAAGUUCGAGAAGGGUUUCUCCGACAAGGAUAAGCUCUGGACUGGCAAGGAGGGCGAGACGGGUGAACACCAGUUGGCGCGAAGCAAGGAAGUUCUCGAUGAUAUCUUCACAAGUGACAAUGCUGUCUGGAUCAGUAUUAGCAGUCACUCUGGUGAGAUCACCAAACUUCUCCAGGCUCUCAACCAUCGACCAUUCCGUCUUGCGACCGGUCAGAUCAUUCCUGUUCUUGUUAGAGCUGAUGUCGUUUCUGAGGAACCUACGUCUACGUAUGCUUCUUGGACUACUGAAGCUACCUGCAACGCUCCUCCUGUGACUAGCAUUGGAGGACAGGGCUGUGUUUGCUCUACUACGCUUGCAUCUGCACCAGCAAAGGCGACAUGAGUGGGAGAAAAGAAAUAGUUGAUCAUGUAGUGAUCGCUAACUAGUACAUAGAAAAAAGAGCAGACCGCUUGACUAGUACAAA